UACAAAAACAAAACAAAAAGACCUGGACUAAUAUACCUUUAAGAAACAGACAAAAGAAGAUAAAUUGAAGAUCACAUUCUUCAUCUAUCAAGCGCUAUGUCUCGCCCUGCACACCGAAGACCAGAAUACCAUAAAAUAAAUAAAGAUCUCUUUGUCCUUACCUAUGGAGCUCUGGUUGCCCAGCUGUGUAAGGAUUAUGAGAAAGAUGAAGAUGUGAACCAAUAUUUAGAUAAAAUGGGUUACGGCAUUGGAACACGGCUUGUAGAAGACUUUCUGGCUCGAUCCUGUGUAGGAAGAUGCCAUAGUUAUUCAGAAAUUACAGACAUAAUUGCCCAGGUUGCUUUCAAGAUGUAUCUGGGAAUUACACCAAGUGUGACCUGUAACAAUUCAAGCAGAAAUGAAUUUUCCCUGAUUCUAGACAAGAAUCCUCUGGUGGAGUUUGUGGAAGAGCUCCCUGCUGGACGAUCUUCUCUGUGCUACUGCAACUUGCUGUGUGGGAUUAUCAGAGGUGCCUUGGAAAUGGUUCAUUUGGCUGCUGAUGUUACAUUCUUGCAAGACAGACUAAAAGGUGACAGUGUGACAGAAAUAGGAAUAACAUUUCUAAAAAAGCGAGACGAGAAAAAAUACAGACGGAAGAAAUGAAGAAAAGCACGGAAAAUGCCACAGGGUGGCUAGUUGAGUUAAUAUUAGCUAAACAUGUAUAGACAUAGAAAUUUUGAAUUGCUUAAUAGCAUGAACUUUGAAAGGCUUAUAAAUCAGCCAGAAAUUUGAAAUGCAGGGCAUAAAAAUUUAAAGUUUUUUUUUUCCUUUUGCUUAUAAAUCACACAUUUUCAAUCUCAUGUCCACAAAAUUUCAUAUAAU